CUGCCAUCAUCAACACAACUGCCUCAGGUGCAGGAGCAACACAAACAGUAAACAUAUAAAAGACCGUGGAACACAGCAGAAGAACAUGAUUCGGCAGAGACAACAGAAGCCUGAGAUGCUUGCUACUGUUAUGCCCACGAGGCCAGAAGAGCCGUUGACCUUGGCUGGCCGGAAUGCCAUGACACAGCGCAACGGGCCAAACCUCCAGCCAUUGGCUAAAAGCGGCCGUCACCGCAAGACACCUGCCCUCCAUCUGUCCAGCGCACCCUGCCAGGACGAGGCCGCCCAGAAGUCUCAGCAGCCUGACCCGCAGGCCCAGCCCCAGACCGCCGAGGUGGACCGGGAGCUCGAGAACCUCCCGCCCCCCACCAGACGGCCCCUGAAACUGGCCCCUCUGCCCCCUGCCCCGGCCUCCGAGCUGAAGGACACCCAGCAGCCGGCGAAGGCCCGGGGAGGUGGAAGGACAACUGCAGCAGCGGUCCCCCCUCCGCCAGAGCCCAAGGUGGGCGUGCGGAAGCUGGAGGGGCUCGGGGGGGCCGAGGCCUGCCCCAGGAAGGUGAAGGCGUGUCCAGCGCGGGAGGCCAGUCCGGCCAGGUCCCCUGAGAGGCCCCCACUGUGUCGCAUGCGACCCGUUGUGGAGUUCCCCAAAGCAGCAGCCCCUAACCCCCACCAACAGCAGCAGCAGCAGUCUGGGGUGGGAGCCAAGACCCUCCUCCUCCCAGUCCCUCAAGCGGAGAGCACCCCGUCAGAAGUCCCCCGGCAGAGAGCAGGAGAACUUCAUCAGCUCCACGCCCCCCCCGACCCCGUCCACGAAAAAAUGCGGCCCUCUGUCCCUGUCCGUCUCCCCGUCUCGCCUGGCCCAGGACGCCCAAGUGGGCAAAGGUCGCGCACCCACCUCCUCCGAAUGCAGCAGCCUAGUUGAGGGCAGCCCUGGUCGUGCCAGGCCUCGCUUGCGUAGGAUCCCUCGGCUGGAAGAGGAUCAGGGCCGAUCAGCCCCAUCCCAAGCUCCAGCCCCAGCAGUGUCAGUAGCCGGAUUACCCCCACAGGAGAAGGAGGAGGAGGCCAAGCCUCCUGGACAUCUGGCCCAGGCUGGGGGCCAGCGGGCAGAGAGGACGGAGAGGGCUCUCCGCGAGGCCACACGUGUGCUGGAGAAGGCAUCCCGCCGGACCCCCGCACCCGGGAAGGCCAGCAGGAAGAUGGUGGUGAACGUUAUCCCUGCUGCUGUGCACUAACUAAUCCCCCUUUCAGAGAAAUGUGACAGGGUUGAGGGAAAGGGAAAGGGUUUAGAGCCAGCAGCAUUAUGUCCACACACUCCCCAGUGAUCCCUCUGGCACAGCAGAAGAAGGAGAAGGAAAGUCCUUCACUAAAGCCACACAACCCUGAGCUGAUAAGGACGUACUGUAAACACCAGCUGCUCGUGGAACCUUCUUGUUUAAACAUCCCAUAUGCACCCAUACUGUCACAUCAAGGCAGAGGACAUGAUGAUUGUCCAAAGCAGAGAUCAUCCAAAACAGAUUGGCUAUGAUUACAGUGUUAAACGCCAUUUGUGAUGCAGUGGGAAUAGACAGAGAUUAGUAUCUACAGCAGAUGCCAAAGAUGGGAAAGAGCUGUAGCUAUCCUCCACACCACCUCUGUUGUCAUUCAACGUGAGUCACAGACCCCAAUAAACACAGAUGCAGGAGACACAUUAAAUCACAUUAUAUUACCUCAUAUAAUGUAAUUAUACUGAUAAUGUCAUACUAGGAGGAAUUUACAGUAGGAGUUGGAACCACAUGAUUAACUUAGUUACAUAGUUUUGUAAAAUGUUACACUGUGACAAAAUAUUGGGGGUGUUUUUUUAUGGAGGGAUGCGGGAGUGGGGACAUAAACAUCAUUGUAAUAAGGGGAAAAGGGAUAAUGAAAAAAGAGAACUCCAACAGCAAAAACAAAAUGCAAGCUGUUUUUGCCAGCUUUGUCGCUAACAUGCAGUGGAACCCAAAUGCUUUUUGUCCUUGGAGGACGGGCGCUACUCUCCUCAAGCCCUUCGAUUGCAUCUCCAGACUUCCUCUGGUUAGAGAGAAGAAAAGGGAAGCGAGGAUCACAUAAAGCAGGCUGUGGUCUGCUCCAACUCUGCAAAAGCGCUGCAGACCACGGGAUUCAACUGACCCAAUUCUAAAAAGAAUUUUGAAGAGAGGAGACUUCUGGAAGAUGAACAGAGCACUGAGAGCAGGAACAUGUUUUGCAAAAGAUUUAACACUUCCCCCAUGAGCUCACACUUAUAGAUUUUGUAUACUAUUUUUUCUUCUUUCUCUAUUUUGACAACAGUAGAAUCCUCAUAUAUUUCACUUACCAUUACAUUCUGUUUGUGUGUGUUUGCGCUCUGGAUGUUUACUAGGCAAAUAAACAGUUUCCUGAGUA